UGGCAAGAAUUAUCACCUUGAAACAGGGUUGAGGAAGAUUGUGGUGUGUAUCUGUGUGGGAUAAAUCCCCACAGACGCUUACAGUGACCUGGUCAGGUGUGUGUGCAUCAUACUCCUGCAACGGAGCAACCAGUCUGGUCGAGUGCAGGAGAUGUGACGGAGAGCGCCCAGGAGAGACGAAGCCCAGUGUGCGAGGUGCGAGAGAGGAGCAGGGUCCGGUCACAGAGGGGCCGAUGACAUACUACUGUCAUCUGUAAACCCAACGAGAAUAGAUGGAAAAUGACGGGUGUCACAAGGCAGGAGUCGAGUGCCCAGACCGCGGACCAGAAGAUAACCAGCGAUGAAAGUAAUAUUGAAACCUGUGAGAAAUGUGAUACAGAUAACAAUCUGUCUUGUGAAAAUUGUAAGAUAAAGAGGAAUGAAGGGGAGUUAGAUGAAUGUCUUCCAAAAAAUGACGAGACGGAGUGUCCGGAUGGCGGGAAAGAUCCAGGGGCGCAGUUGUGCGCUCCCAACACGCCCUUAACUCGACCACAUGAAGCAGCCUCACAAGGCAGCCGUGCUACUAACCGAGGAAAUGUUUUCCCAGAUGGAAAGCAAACGUUAACCAAUUUAGACGUGGCAGAGAAGUCAACAGGUGGCAUGGUAGUGCCUGACGGAGGCUGGGGAUGGUUGGUGGCACUCGGCAGUUUCAUUAUCUCGAUGUUGGCGCUGUCUCUUGCUCCAUGCUUCGGAAUUUUAUUCUCCGGCUUCCUGCUGGAUCUGAACACUCCUUCUGCUACCACCAGCUGGAUAUUCAACAUGCAGUGGCUCAUCUGGCACUUGAUGGGACCCCUCGUCCGUCCCCUGGCGAAGGAGUUCGGCUGGAGGAGGAUUGGUUACUUGGGAGGCUUACUUGUCUCUUCUUCAAUUAUUAUCUCUGCGUUCUCGCCCUCAGCGCAGUUUCUCUUCUUCUCCUAUUCUCUUCUGAGUGGUAUCGGUGGAGGGCUUAUCUGUAGCGUAAGCUUUAUCACGCUUCCUAUGUAUUUUGACCGUCGACGAGGCCUGUCCAACACUUUCCUGGUGGUCGGGAUCUGCGCGGGACAGACCGCCAAUCCUCCGUUAGUACGCUACUUACUUGCUCAGUAUACCUUUAAAGGAGCAGCUCUUAUAUUGGGCGGAAUUAUGAUGAAUUGCUUAGUGGCAGUUACUUUGUUCCAGCCGGUAAAGUGGCACAUGAAGCCACGACGAGGAGAGACAGAUCCUCCACAGGAAGGACUCGCCCUUCUGAAGCCUCAAACUGAAAGCUCGGGUCAUAGGGAGUGUGUGAUUGUAUCUCCUCUAGUGGUUGAUGAAGAGCGUCCCAACGAGAAAUCAGAAUCAGCAAGUGCCAAGGGUGACGAGAGACUCAGGCCAGCACCUGCUGAUGGCCACCGUGAGAGUCAUAGUUCCUUGAACAUAGUCAUGUCAGGAGACGUUGCGUUUGGGGUAUUUAUUUCAAGUACUGAAUCUCUCGGGUCCGUUGACAGAGAAAUAGAUCAUACAUCUUUGGGUUGCAUGUUAAGACUGAAAGGAUUGAUUAUGCGUGUGACAGAAACAUUAUUGGCAGAUAUGGUUGUUCUUCGGUCAUAUCGUGCUCUUAUUAUUUCCUUUGGAAACUUGUUUUCCCUGAGCAGCUAUUUCAACUUUGUAAUGAUGGUACCCUUUGCGAUGCGAGCUGCCGGCCACAGCCUCGAGGACGCUGCUUGGUGCAUCUCUGUGAUGGGUUUCUGCAACCUGGUGACCCGUCUAGUCAUCUCUCCCCUGGCCGACUGGAAGAGAUUCAACAUGCGACUGUGCGCCCUCUUCGGCUACGCUAUUAUGACAAUUGCAAUAUUUGUGUUCCCUUUCCUGAGGACCGUCACGCUGGCAGCUGUAGCCAUGGCUGUCUUUGGCUUCGGUCUUGGUUCUGCCGUCACUCUGAAUAAUUUAUUAAUUAUAAAGUUUAUGGGUGUAGAAAAGCAGCCAGCGACGUUCGGGGUCACCAGCUUAAUAACUGGGUUUGGUUUUCCUAUCUUCGGCUCACUCACAGGGUUCAUCCGUGACGCGAGCGGAAGCUACGCUAUAAGUUUAUGGGUUUUGGCCGCCAUAAUGUCUACCGCCAUCGUCCUCUGGCUCAUGAUGCCCGCGGCCGUCGCCUGCGACCUCAGACGAAGCCACCAAGCCACUCGAGCCACUGCUCGAGUCUGACCGCCGUGCAAGGUCAACAGGAACACCUAGAGUCUGACCCUCUGGCAAGGUUAACAGAAGAACAUACAGUUUGACCCUCUGGUGAUAUUUUGACAAUAUAUGAUGGCUAUCAAACACUUUCGUAAUCGUAACAACGGGGAAAUUUUUUCCAGAUAAAAGACUAAAUAAAGGAAAGCCAAAUAUGUAUGGUAAAAUAAAAUGGAACGAAAUAUAAUACUUCCCUGUCAAUUUCUUGCUCGGAGACUAGAAUUAAAAUAGUUUGAAAAACUAUUUAAAAUUAUAAUUUUAAUGCUAUUAGAACUAAAGGGUCCGUUGGCUUAUGCUAAGAUGCAUAAUUUUAUUCUAAAUCAAACAUACAAAUAUAUAUUCAACCUACGCUUUAAUUUAAACAAUUCAGCACUCCCACGUCAAUAAUAUUACCCGAAAAUCUGUUCCAUAAUUCUGCAAUACAAAUCAGUAUUUACCAGUCUUUUAUAAAUCUAAAUUUAUCAAAUUUGUCUAUAUUGUUUCGUGUUCUGUAUGUUGACAUAUUAGCACCUUAUUAACAUUCCCUUCUAUUACAAGUAUUAUUGUUUGGUGAAUGUUUCUGGUCUCGACUUACACCCAGUAGAGAACCAGCAGUAAUAUAAUGUAAUAUAAAUCAUUGCAGCUCACAAGUAUUCAUGUUAUCUAUGAGUUGGUCGCUAGGCUAGGCUAGGCUAGGCUAAGCUAGGGCUAGGCUAGAGAUGCGGCAACUCGAGAGAACGGGCUAGUCUGAUGUACCAAAAACGGCAGCGGUUGACGUGAUGUCCUGUUUAUCAAUCCUCGGGUGGGUUAGGUUCGGUCAAUUUAGUACAACAAUCUAGCGAUGUUGGAAAGGCUCGGGAGAACGUGCAGAGUCUACGGGUGCACAGGCACGACUUGAUUCUACACACAAGUGUAUUUUUUUGUAUUAACACAUUAGGUACAUCUGCAUUUGUGCAGCUACCUAAUGCUGCACAAAUAGACUAUAUGAAGGGGAGUACAGUGUGUCAAAAAGCUAGCUACGUGAUGCUAAAAAUCCCCAUCACACAGGAUGGUUAGUCAUACAGAGGCAUGUGAUCAGCAGUCUGCACUGGCAGACUCUGGGUGCAUUAUGAGGAUAUCAUGAACACAAGAGUGAAUAUGGUAGCAGCGAUACUAAAAUUCCCCAUCUCGCAGGAUGGUUAGUAAUACAGGGCCAUAUGUUCAGUACUCUGCACUGACAAAUUUUGGGUGCAAUACGAGGAUAUCCUCAAGAAAACGCGAGUGAAUGAAGUCAUUGCAAAGUUCCAAGUACCUCAUGCCAACUGGUCUAAUAACUGGGCAUUCGGUGAUGUAGUGCGGGAGAUCAUGCCCCAGUUAUUGCUCACAGAGUUUGCACCUGGAGUGCUCAGGAUUGGGAGAUCCGUCACCUGU